AUGCCACCUACCGCAGUUAGUGUAGUUUCGCAUCGCGAGGAAGAUUCUAUGAAUAAUGAGCCGUCACUGAGUGGACGUGCCAUUAUCGGACUUAUCUACCCACCUCCGGAUAUUCGAACUAUUGUUGACAAAACUGCUGCAUUCGUGGCACGAAAUGGAGUGGAUUUCGAAAACAAGAUUCGUGAAAAGGAGGCUAACAACAAACGUUUCAACUUUCUCAGUCCCACGGAUCCAUACAAUGCAUACUACAAACAAAAGGUUCGAGACUUUCAAGAAGGGAAAGUUGACGCUGCUUCAGCUGCAACAAAACCCCAACUUCCAGAAGCAGUCAAAGAUGCCGUGAAAAAAGCUGACUUUGUGCCGACAAAGCCGCCACCAGCGUUCGAGUUUUGUGCUGAUCCUGCAACGAUCAACGCCUAUGACCUUGAUCUGAUAAAAAUGACUGCGCUGUUUGUCGCUCGGAAUGGACGCCAAUUUCUUACCCAGCUGAUGACCAGGGAGGCUCGCAACUUCCAGUUCGACUUUCUGAAGCCCCAGCAUUCUAAUUUUGCCUAUUUCACAAAGCUUGUGGAGCAAUACACAAAGGUGAUUAUCCCACCAAAUACAAUCUUAGAAGACCUGCGCGCAGAGAAAGAAAACACAAAGAAACUUAUGGAAGAUGUGAACUAUAGAGUGUCGUGGGAAAAACAUCAGAAAAAUUUGAGAGACAAAGAAGAAAAGGAAGCGGAAAAGGAACGAGUAGCCUACGCAUCUAUCGACUGGCACGAUUUCGUUGUUGUACAAACUGUCGACUUCCAACCCGGCGACACUACCAAUUUGCCCGGUCUUUGCACUCCAAAAGAUGUCGGUGCGCGUAUACUGCUCGAGGCAAGAAGUGAAGCCCAGAAACAAACAGCUGAAGCGAUGGAAAUGGAUAUGGAUGAAUCUGAUAGUGAAGAUGAAGCCGAGCAGUCUAUUCAGAAUGAAGUGGAGCCCGAACAACCUGCACCUGCAGCAGCCGCAGCCCCUCAAACUGAAGAAACUUCAGCACCAGCAGGAACAGCAGAGUUCGCGACACCCUUGCCACCCACUCGUCAGAAGGAUCUUAUCGUUAAGGACUAUGAUCCUAAGAAAGCCGCUCAUGCCGCCAAACGCCCUGCGGACAAAUGGCUCAUUUCACCGCUCACUGGUGAGAGAAUUCCGUCAGAUAAGCUGGAGGAGCAUGUGCGCUACAACACAGUCGAUUCCCAAUACAAAGAGGACCGAGAGCGGCUCAUGGGCGAACGUGGUAACGAAGAGCCAGUACUUGCUCCUGGAGCAGAAAUCAGUAAAAAUCUUGGGAGAUUUGCCGAGCGUCGUACUGAUAUCUUCGGUGUUGGAGCUGCUGGAGCUGAACAGACCGUCAUUGGAAGAAAGCUCGGUGAAGAAGAGCCUCAGCCAUCUAAGCAACUUAUAUGGGACGGUUCGGAAGAGACCCGCGAAGCACACACAUUAGCUGUACAAAGUCAAGUUACAAUUGAUCAACAAAUUCAUGAAAUUCAUCGUCAACAUGGUUUUCUUCCGGAUGCUACAAAAGAGCGCAUUGGCGCGCAGCCUGUGGCGCAACCUCCAGCUCGCAAUGCAUCUGCUGCUAAUGCUACUCCAGUUGUAAAUCGACUAUACCCACCACCUCCUAUUCCUGCUGGAAUGAUGGGAUUACCGCCGGGAUAUCCAACUCCACCUCCAUCAAUGGCUCCUCCGAUGCAGCAGCAAGCACCGCCUGUACCAGAAGGAGGGCCGCCACCAAAACGUCAAAGAACUGAGGAAGAUUUGGAACCGGAGGCGGAAUGGCUAACUAAGGUCAGUGGUACUAUCGAUUUACGAAUUCAGCUGCCGAUCGCUGCAGAAUUCAAUAUGGAUGGCUCCAUUAUUGGAUUACAAAUCGAUGUUACUUCCCAGGUAGCUGAUCUCAAGCAGACUCUUCAAGACAAACUCAGUAUGCCAACGGGAAAGCAGAAGCUUGUAUUUGAUGGAUUCUUCCUGAAGGAUAAUUUCUCGCUGGCUUACUACAACAUGAAAAAUCAGUCAUUCGUGAUUCUUCAGGUUAAAGAAAGAGGUGGAAAGAAUAAAUAG